AUGUCACAAACUCAAGUUCAAAUAGCAAACAAACUCAAGUUCAAAAAACACCACGAACUCAAGUUCAAACAUGACACAAUCUCAAGUUCAACCAACACUCAAUUCUCAAGUUUAACAAUUUCCACAACAUCAAGUUCAAAAACACCACAACUUCAAGUUAAAAAAACUAACUCAAGUUCAAACACGUCACAAACUCAAGUUCAAAAACACCAAAAACUCAAGUUCAACCAAUACACAAAUUCAAGUUCAAAAACACCACAAACUCAAGUUCAAACACGACACAAACUCAAGUUUAACACAAACCACCAAUGCCACCAGUUUAACCAACACCUGAUUCUCAAGUUUAAAAAUUUUAACAACCUCAAGUUCAACCAACAACCAAAUCUCAAGUUUAACAAUUGCCACAACCUCAAGUUCAACAAAUACACAUACUCAAGUUCAAAAACGCCACAAAUUCAAGUACAAACACGAAACAAACUCAAGUUCAAAAACACCACAAACUCAAGUUCAAACACAACACAAACUCAAUUUCAACAAACACACAAACUCAAGUUCAACAGAAAACCUGACUCAAGAUAUACAAUUUCCACAACCUCAAGUUAA